AUGGCUUCACCUACAGCAAUCCCACACCCCGAAAAGUCUGCUCACUACCGCCCUCGCUCCACUUGCAUCGCUCCUGCCGACCUCUCGAGCGAGAUCCGAACCAGCGAAGGCCAAAGGCUCUCGUUCUCGCCUCCCAUUUCUUUCUACUCGCGAUCAUCCGCCCAAUCCAGCGUCAACGCGCUUCGCAUUCCCGUGGGCAUGGCUUCUACCAUGGGCCCUCCGAGCCCAACCGACCGUUUCUCCAAGGGGUUCAGUCCUAUCAACCCCAAAUUGGACGACAGCCGAAUGUCGCCGCCGCACGUUCACGCUCGCGCGCGUUCGCAAACUACCAUAGGCUCCGGUACGAUCGCCUCAAGCAUCGAGAGCUGGGACGCGAACCGCGUCGAACCACGCGCCAUGAGUGACGCAACUGGUUCUCAGCCCUCGUCGUACAUUUCGGCUUCGGACCUUUCGUUUUCUCGUUCUCCCACCAGCCCGGGCAGCUCGCUGUCGUCCUCUGGCUACUCGCUGGGCCGGGUGCCUUCGCUGCCAUUGGGCGCUUCGUACGAGCAGGCGCAAAAGAGGUUCAACAGCGGCAGCUGGGGACAGAAGAUGGGCUGGAUGAACACGAUGCGACCUGGCCCACUGUCACCCGCACUCAGCAGAACUAGCAUCGACGAAGGUAGCGCAGCCACUGACGGAGCUGGCAAUGGCGCCGUGGGCAAUCUGCUGCGCCGCUUCAGCCUAGGCGGCAGCUCGUACCGAGCCAACAACGGUGCGAUUUCGAGCUCAGCUGCAGCACCUGUUGCUCCAGUAUUUGACUCUGCUCCCCCUGCAUCGCCGCAGGCGAUCCCGGCGAUGCGUGACUCUGGUGUGUGCCUGGACGAGGCCAAACCGGUGGCGCGUGGACGCCAGGCCAGCUUCGGUGGCAGCGCCAAGCGCAAGCCUAGCCCCAUGGGUGAGCGAUUGCUGAUGGGCCAUUUCAACGCUCAUUGA